CGCCUGUGACUGCACUAGAGAGGAACACAGCAAGCACACAAACCCAGCUCCAAGUUCCCAGUGUGCUAACGCGCCGAGGAACAAGCUCUGUGCUGUACGGAUCCUCUGCCUUCACGAUGGAAACGACGGAGGCCAGCAUUCUGCUCUUCCGCGCCUGCCUCGCACUGCUUGCCAUGCCCGUCUACCUGCUAUCAUUCCUGGGCUUAUGGGAGCCUUUCUGUAAGAAAGUAUUUUUUCCUUUCAUCCUCAAGAAGCUUUCUGCCGUUCACAACAGGAAAACACUGAAGCAGAAACAGGAACUAUUUCGGAAUCUGCCUGAGUUUGCAGGCGCCUCCGGAGAGUUGAAGCUGCUGGAGAUUGGGACCGGCUGCGGCGCUAACUUCCAGUUCUACCCACCAGGCUGCAAAGUGACAUGCACUGAUAUAAACCCCCACUUCCAGCAAAGCCUUUCUCAAAGCAUGAAAGAGAACCAGCACCUCCACUAUGAGCGUUUCUUAGUAGCUGCGGCAGAAGACCUGAGCCAGGUGCCCAGCGGCUCUGUGGACGCAGUUGUUUGCACUUUAGUCCUAUGCUCCGUGAAGGACAUAAACAGCACCUUGAAAGAAGUAUUGCGAGUGCUCAGAUCGGGCGGUGCUUUCUACUUCUUAGAGCACGUGGCUGACGAUCGCUCCAGCUGGAGGUAUUUUUGGCAGCAGAUCUGCUAUCCAACUUGGAAACUCGUGUUUGAUGGGUGCUGCCUAACAAGAGAGAUAUGGAAAAACCUAGAACAGGCCAACUUCUCCGAAUUGAAAUUACAACACAUCACCGUUCCUCUACCUUGGCCACUUAUUAAGCCUCAUAUCAUUGGACAUGCUGUGAAGUAAUUCAUAUUGCAUGUGUAUUAAACCAUUAGACCGAU